AUGGAGAAUACUGCUGAGUAUUCAGAGGUGUGUUGCGAUGACUGGGAUCCAGGAUCGACAUGGACAGUGGAACCUUAUGACCCCCUUGAUUAUUAUUCGAACCCGGAUUCCACAACUGAGUGGGACUUGAGUGGGCUUUUUUCCUCAACCACUGUUGAAAGCACCACAGAGUCAUGGACUACCGUUACCACAACCACCGUUGGGUGGAAGCAGCCUCAGGGACCUGUUUACACACUUCAGAAUGCCACUUGGUCUUCAGUGUCUUUCCUGGAAGAGACGUUUGAUGCCGAGAGUUGCGAAGGAGACUGGACACGAGACAAUGCAUGGUUUGCCUUGAAUUUGUGUGUUGCACUUUGGCAACGUUCCCACAUGUUUACCCUUACGGAUGGUGUGCUUUUGUUCGCAGAGUGGAAUGGGCUGGAAUGCCUCGGCACCCCAAACGUGAUUGAGCAGUUCAGCACCGAGUGCAGUCCAGGUACAUCCAAAGCCUUCACAAUGCUUGCAUCGUCGAUGGCAGAAGGCCCAUGGAUUCCUUUCACUUACCCCACCAGAGCUGGAUAUUUGACGUAUUCCAAGACCCCAGUCAACAUGCCUGCGUGGGCUUAUGCUAUGUACUACUACUCUUCAACCUGCUCUGGACCACCAGAUGCGGUUUGGGUAAGUCCUUUGGGCGCAUGCAAGAAGGAACCCUACGGUUCCUACAAGAUGUUUUGCGAGAAUGGCGUGGUGGUGCAACAUUAUUUCGAGGGCAACAAGGACGGAUGCAAUGGGAAUGAAGACAAAUGUGCUUGCGAUCCCACCAUUCCGCCGCCAAGUUCGGUAGCUUCGGUGGGUUUUGACAGUCUCUCAACAUCAGCCUGUGUCGAGUAUGAUGGCAAGUACUACAAAGUAUUUGGGGUUGUGAGUAGCUAG